GAAAAAUAAUUCAGUCAACACGGGAGGAUACUUGUGGAAGAAAUUACAAUUAAAGAGAUAGCCCUUAAGCAUGCCUGCACACAACAAGCUGAAGAUUUUCGUCAUGCUACUGACGCUGGUCACCUACACAGUCACGAUAGUGAUGAAUGCGGCAGCUGGUUCAGGAGCAUUCACAGGUGUCUUUCACACCACAGUGGGAAAUAUCUCAUUCCACCAUGACACAGACCUCACACCAGCAUCCUGGACUUUCUUCAUUUGGAAUCUUAUCUUUGUAUGGCAAUAUGCCUGGUUGGGUUAUGCAUUAUCAGGACUCUGCAGAAGGAAUGAAUUUGGCUGGGUCUACAUAUGGCCAGAUGUACUACCCCUCUCUUUUUACCUAAUGUGGAUGCUGAACAAUGCUCUAAACAUUGGAUGGCUAUUUCUGUGGGACUCACUAUAUUUCAGCCCAGCCCUGAUCCUCCUGGGACUUCUCACUGUCACCAAUUACAUGGCUCUCUUCGUUUCUCAUCGGGCUUUGUACCUUCAUACGGCUUGGUUACGUAAGAAGAGCAAAGUAGAUCUCUGGCUGGUCCGGAUCUUAGUGCAAAAUGGAAUUGCUGUAUAUGCCACUUGGACCACAAUAGCCACCCUCCUGAACUUUACAGUUGUUCUGAUCUAUGAUGGGUUUAUAUCCAAUAAGGCUGCAACCAUCAUCUCUCUGUGCAUCUUUUUCUUCGAGCUGAUAGUCUGGUUUUAUUUGGAGAACAUUGUAUUUGAUAAGUAUGUGCGUUACAACCUCACCGUCUAUCCAGUGGCUAUUUUAGCAUUAAGUGGCAUUCUCCAGAAAAAUAGUAUUUCUUCCUCUCCAGAUGCAAGCGUCAUAAUUACAGCUGUGCUCCUGGCCGUGACAUGUGUCGUACUGUGUAGUCGGCUGGGCCUCAUUCUUUGGAGACACAACAAAGAGAAGUUGAAGGAACCGGUUGCUCCAACUGAAGCCCUGUGAAUAUGACUCCUU